GCAACUCAGUAUGCAAGGAAACAGCGUCCUAAACUGUCAACCCCACUGCCUCUGUAUAUAUUAUUAUCUUUAAUCUCCCUUUUAUCUUAGAUAAUCACACGCGUAAUCUCACUUUCCCAUUUCCAUCUCCCCAAGCUCCAACCAGACUCUCAUACUUAUAUAUAUAUAUAUAUAUAUAUCGAAAAAUCGUAAACUUUCACAACAACACAACAACAACAACAACACAUUUCAAGAAUCAAAAUGCAAGAUCAAGGUGGUUCUACGGUGUCGUUUUCUCCUAGCUUCAAUUGCUACUCUUCUAAUAAACUUGCAGAUAUUGCAGCUAAAGUCGGCCGAGAAGAACAAGGAAGUAUAGACAGAGAUAGAGAUAUAGUAUGUACCAACCGAAACGAUGACGUCUCGGUAUAUGGAAGCAGCGAUGAAGAUGAUGACGAUGAUUUUGAGUUCGUUUUGGUACGAGCGAAUCCAGACGGUUGUUUCACAAUCGACCGUUCGGAUUAUCCGGUUUUCCCUCUCUUCGAUCGAGAUCUUUUGUUGGAUUCUGGAGAUAAAAAGGAGAGUCAAGAUGAUGACGAUUUGACAUCGGAAAUUCGGUUACCGUUGAAUAAAUUAUUUAUUGACGAUCCGUCGUCGUCAUUGUCGGAGGUGGAUGAAUUGGACAGAAUUGUACCAGGAACAUAUUGUGUUUGGACACCGCCACAGUCACGAUCACCAUCGCCGUCUCCGUCGCCGUCGAGAUGCAAGAAGAGUAAUUCAACUGGAUCGUCGUCUAAACAUCGGUGGUGGUUGCGAGAUUUCCUACAUCUUCGAAGAUGCAGCAGUGGCGGCAAAGAAUCGUACGUGUUUAUGAAUCCAGAUCAUAAUAAUAAAAAGAAGGAAAAGAUAGACAAAGGCAAGACCUCACCGGCGGCGAAAGCCGGCAAGGGGAAGGCGAAAGAGAAAACGUCGGCACAUGAGGUGUUCUACGUGAGAAAUAAAGCCUUGAAAGAAGGAGAUAAGAGAAAAUCAUAUUUGCCGUACAGGCGAGGAUUGGUUGGCUUUUUUGCUAAUGUGAAUGGACUGGGCAAAGCUUUUCCUCCACUUUAAUUUUUCCAAAAAAAGCGAAAAAAAAAAAAAAAAAAAAAA